UCUCUUGAUCACAUACGUACCUCUUCAGCUUUUUCCUCGAACUGAGCUCUGUUUCUCUGCUGUCGACAGAUAGUUGAGGAAGUAGUAGGAUCUGCAGCCGCUCGGUUAGAUAUUUCGGGAACGUGCGGUGCGUACCUACCGAGAGCUGCGCUGUCCUGUUGCAGUAGGUAAUUCGCAGUUCCCUGCGGAGUUGGAGGGUACUCGUUGGCUAGUAGGCGGCUCGGUGUCAUGUGAGCGGCUGCGUGGAACCGGUGGAUCCGACGCUGUCAGCUGGCGGCUCGUCCGGACCUUCGGCCAGUCUGGCACAGUGAGCCCUGGGCGGGGGAGUUGUCCGAGUGGAUACCCAGCUGCCUGAUUCGGGCUGAUCCCCAGGCCCCGAGUUCCCGGGCUCCGACCAGGCUGAGUCAGUGACACCUCCACGCAUGUCCGCCGUGGCCUGACGACCCGGGGCUGCGAUCCUGUCAAAGAGCUGUCCCCGGCAUGGAGCUGCCUAAUCCCACCUGGCGUCGCACCAAGCUUGGAGUUUAAGGCAGCGGAGAACGAUGAAUCUCCACCAGGUCCUCACAGGGGCUGUGAACCCGGGGGACAACUGCUUCGCCGUGGGAAACGUAAACGAUGAGCCCUUCACGGCAUAUGCGUCUGGCUGUGACAUCAUCAUCCUGGGCAGUAACUUCGAGCGCCUGCAGAUCAUCCCAGGGGUCAAGCAUGGCAACGUCCAGGUGGGCUGUGUGGACAGCUCCCUGCAGGGCGGACUGGUGGCAGCGUCCUACGGGAACGUCGUGUGCAUCUUUGAACCCGUUCCUGUCCCGGACGCAAAGGAAAAAGCAACAAAACUGAGUUAUCAGUGGCAGAAGAGAGGACAGAUUGUUCUGAAGUCAGCGGCUAUAAAUCUUGCUUGGGAUCCCACAGGAACCCAACUCCUUACUGGGUCAGCUAGCCUCCAGCUAUGGUCCAACGAUCGUCCCGACUUGGAUCCCAGAGAAGCAGAGGAGCCGGCAACAUUUGGAAGCCAUCUGAGCAGUUGGAGAUGCAUCUGGAAGUGCAAGACCGCCUCCCCCAUCCAUCUGAUGAAGUUCUCUCCCAGUGGGGAGUUCUUCGCUACAGCUGGCCAGGAUGACUGUCUGGUGAAGGUGUGGUAUAACACCAGCCGGUGGCAGUCCGGGGGGCCUGCCCUCUUCACACCCCCAGAGCAGGCCUCUUAUGGGGAGACGGACUUCUCCUUUGUCUACCUGGCCCACCCACGCUCUGUGACUGGUUUUUCCUGGAGGAAGACCAGCAAGUACAUGCCAAGGGGCUCUGUGUGCAAUGUGCUGCUCACAUGCUGCAAGGACAGCGUGUGCCGCCUGUGGGCUGAGACUCUGCUGCCUGGUGACAACGGACUGUCGCGGUACACGGGGGGUCACCGGGAUAGCCUGGGGGGCGAAGCACUACGGUCCACAGCCAACAUGUGGAAGACUUUGCCCAACGUUGGGAUGCAGGAAAGGAGCUCCUUGGAGCUGAAGCUGAAGGAGUCCUGGAGGGGCCCGGAGAGAUGUUUGGGCCACCCGGCGUACACGGGCUUCCUGCCUCACCAGCAAGACCGGCAUCGCAUCCACUGGGCUAAAGGGGCCAUGAAUGCCAAUGCCCUAUGCCACUUCCACAUCGCCGCCAGCAUCAACCCGGCCACAGACAUUCCGCUGCUCCCCUCCAUAUCCUCGCUGUGCGUGGCUGACGACGAGGAGCCGGCGGGCCCCUUCACCGUGCAUUGGCUCAACAACAAGGAGCUUCACCUCACGCUGGCCAUGGAGGUGUAUCUGCAGCAGCUGCGUGCCACUGCGGAACAGCGCAGCCCUGAGCUCAGCAGCCGCUCCGAUGAGGAGCGGUCUGACGAGGAUGAGUCAGUGGGCUCCCCCACGAAGGCGAGGCCGACCCGGGACCCAGGGGCCUGGCCCGGGGUCCCACUGGCCGGCGCGCAGGUGGACCACAAGCUGGGGCUCCUACUGGAGGAUUGGAAUAAGGCCGCCGACAUGCUGUUCAGCAUCCACCCCACCGAUGGCUCUCUGCUGGUGUGGCACGUGGACUGGCUGGAUGAGUACCAGCCUAGAAUGUUCCGGCAGGCCCAGGUAUCCUUUGUGUCCCGCAUCCCUGUUGCCUUUCCCACGGGUGACGCCAACUCGCUGAGUCGCAGUGUGGUCAUGUACGCCUGCAACAAGAACCUGGACCUGGCCAUCCAGCAGGGGCGCCAGCGGCCCGCAGGGCUGCCUCGCUCCGCAUCCACGCUCAUCGGCUCCGGCCAGGGGAAGGGAGCGGGUCUGCGCCUCAGCAUCUUCACGCCCAACGUGCUGAUGAUCUCCAAGCAUGCUGACGGCUCACUGAACCAGUGGGCGGUGAGCUUCGCGGAGGAGUCGGCCUUCUCCACCGUGCUCAGCGUCUCGCACAAGUCCCGCUACUGUGGCCACCGCUUCCACCUCAACGGGCUGGCGUGCCACCCGCUGCUGCCACUGCUGCUCACCACGUCGCACCAUAAUACGCCGCACAGCCCCUCCCUGGAUCCCACUGCCGCCCUCCUCCUCGGCCCCCCGUCGCCUGGCGGUGCCUCUCCGGACCCCAAUGCCAUCUACAGUGAGCUGAUCCUGUGGCGUGUGGACCCUGUUGGGCCCCUGUCCUUCUCCGGGGGCGUUUCAGAGCUUGCCAGGAUCAACUCGCUCCACACCUCGGCCUUCUCCAAUGUGGCCUGGCUGCCAGUGCUGAUUCCUAGCCGCUGCUUGGGUGCUUAUGGGAACUCGCCCAGCGCCUGCUUCGUGGCCAGCGAUGGCCACUCCCUACGCCUCUACCAGGCCGUCAUCGAGGCCAAGAAACUCCUCAGCGAGCUGUCCAACCCCGAGACAUCGAGAUACGUAGGCGAGGUCUUCAGCAUCGUCAGCCAGCAGUCCACUGCGAGGCCGGGAUGCAUCAUCAGCCUGGACGCCAUCACUGACUUCCAGGGGAAGAAGACCCAGUUGCUACACGUAUUUGAGGAGGACCUGAUCUUGUGUGACGGAGGUCCUGACCAUGCCCCAGAGACCCCCACCGGCUACUUUGAGGGUCCCACUGGACCCAGCUUUUCCGCACGCUUCUUCCUGGUGGUGAUGGAGUACUCCCAGAGUGGACGGACUCUCCUGCACAUGUGGCACCUCCAGCUUUCAGCGCUGCAGGCCUCUGCGGGCGUGCCCUUGGACAGCAGCUCUUACCCUCCGGGUUCCCCUGAGAGGCAAAGCACCCCCAAGAACCCGACGAAUACCUCCAACCUGCAGAGCGCCAGUCGCCUGCAGCUCUCGUCCCGCAGGGUGUACAGCGAGGAGCUGCGGCUGCCUGAUGGCGUGGAAGUCCUCCAGGGUACUCCCUCAGCAGGACACCUGAGCUCCUCUUCGCUGCAUCCAGCAGGACGGGCUCCAUACCUACUCGCUACGUCUUGCUCCGACCACAAGGUGAGGUUCUGGCGCUGUCAGGUGAUACCUCAGCAGGCUCCUUCGGGAGACCAGUUCUACUCCUGGGAGGAGUGGCCCCUGUUGGUGGAGACGGCCCUGGACGAUGGCAGCGCCGUAAGCGUGCCAGGCCGACCCAUCGAGGUCAGCUGUUGCCACACCAGUCGCAUCGCGGUGGCGUACCGGCCCAUGGACACCGGUGUGAGUCACCGUGUCCAGGUGGGAAUCUUUCAGUGUGAAUCUACUGGUGGGUCUCGUUGGAUGCUGGAGCAAACCUUUGGCCUGGAGGAAGCACCCUUACACAAGGUUGACGGGAGCCUGAGCCUGGCAUCACUCGGCACGGAGGAGGCAAGCGAUGACUCCUCUGAACCUGGCACAAGAACCCUGGUCCAUCUGGACUGGGUUUCCAGGGAAGACGGCUCUCACAUCCUCACCGUGGCCAUCGGCCCCAAGCUCCUGAUGUAUGGACUCCUCCCGGGGAAACCGCCGGAACUGGGCCUGAGCGACGGCUGGAGGGACGGCUCCUCCAGGCUGGUGCUCCUCCGCGUCGUGGACCUGGUAUCCUCGGUGGAGGGCUCGCCACCUAUCCCGGUAUCCUUGUCGUGGGUGAGGGAUGGCAUCCUGGUGGUUGGCAUGGACUGUGAGAUGCACGUGUACUCUCAGUGGCAGCCUCCGCCUCAGGUAGGCUCAGCCGUCACCGGCAGUGUCACGUCCCUGCUGGCCGCCUUGCGGCAGGCCGGCGACGACCCAUCCAGCCCCCAACCACCCCGGCGAAAUCUGACCCGCUCCAUGACCAGCCUGGCCCAGAAGCUGAGCGGCAAGAGGACGGCAUACGACCUGCCCGCCGACAUGGAGGACUGCGGCCUCUUCGAGGCGGCCCACCACCUGUUCCCCACGCUGCCGCAGUACCACCCUGCCCAGCUCAUGGGCCUUAUGGACCUAGGCAGGGUACGACGGGCUAAGGCCAUCCUGGUGCACCUGGUGAAGUGCAUUGCCGGUGAGGUGGUGGCCUUGCGUGACGGCGGAGAUGGGCACGAGCGCCGGCUGCGCUCGCUCAGCAUCAGUGCCAGCGGCAGCACUGCACGUGACCCUAAGAUCUUCAGCAAGAGCGAGAACCCCGACUACACAGAGAUCGACUCCAUUCCACCACUGCCACUGUACGCCCUGCUGGCAGCCGACGGAGGCGGCACAGCCAAGCCUGACAAUGUGGGGGGCGGUCCCUCUGGGUCAACCUGGCCGGACACCUACAACGAGCUGUUCCAGGCCGCUGCAGUAGAGGCCGACCCAGACCUCCUGGAAGGCGACCGGGAGGAGGUCGCCAAGGUGAUUGACCUAUCCCGGUAUGGCCCCACCUUUUUUGGGCUGGACCAUGCCCAAGUGCUUUCAGGCCACCUGCUGUACUCGCGACUCCCGGGACUGACUCGGAUGGAGCAGAUGUCCCUGAUGGCCCUGGCAGACACCAUUGCCACCACCAGCACAGACAUAGGAGAGAGUCAGGGCAAAUGUCAAGGUGGGGAGACCUUGGACGAGUGUGGACUGAAGUUCCUCCUGGCUGUCCGUCUGCACACCUUCUUGCUGAAAUCCCUGCCCCCUGCUCACCGGGCCCAACUUGUCCGCCAAGGGCUGUCCACCUGCCACUUUGCCUGGGCCUUCCACUCGGAGGCGGAGGAGGAGCUGCUGAACAUGCUGCCCACUCUGCAGAAGGACGACCCCACUUGGCAUGAGCUGCGAGCCAUGGGCGUGGGCUGGUGGCUGCGCAGCAGCAGCCGGUUACGCAGGUGCAUGGAGAAGGUAGCAAAAGCCGCUUUUCAGAGAAACAAUGACCCCCUGGAUGCAGCCAUCUUCUACCUGGCCAUGAAGAAGAAGGCUGUGGUUUGGGGGCUGUACCGGUCCCAGCAGAACGUGAAGAUGACGGCGUUCUUCAGCAACAACUUCAGUGAGGACCGCUGGAGGAGGGCUGCGCUGAAGAACGCCUUCUCUCUGUUGGGGAAGCAGCGCUUCCUGCACUCGAUCGCCUUCUUCCUUUUGGCAGGCUCCCUGAAAGACGCCGUGGAGGUUUGUCUAGACAAGAUGCAGGACCUGCAACUCGCGCUGGUGAUAUCCCGACUGUACGAGUCUGAGUUCGAGGCCUCCUCCACCUACAGGAACAUUCUGCACAGACACGUUCUGGGCCAUGAGGCCCCGGCCCAGAUACAGCAGGACCCCUUCCUGCGCAGCAUGGCUCACUGGAUCCUGGAGGAUUACAGCCAGGCACUGGACACUCUGCUGGUGCAGCCUGAAGGCCGGGUUGCCGUCCCAUCUCCUGAGGUGUUCAACUUCUACACCUACCUCCGCAUGCACCCGCUGCUGCUGCGUCGUCAUUUCCGCCACCCGGAGUCCAGAUCAUCUGCUCAGGUGGGCCUGGCAACCGAGACUCGCCUGGCCGACUCCAUCACCCUGCUGGAGCGCCGGCUCUUCUUCUCCGCCGCCUAUGCCCACCUCCAGGCCGGUUGCCCCAUGCUGGCUCUGGAGGUGCUCUCCAAGAUGCCCAAGGUCAUCAAGAAGUCCAGGCCUGCCCCAUGCCAGGAUAUGUCGGCCAUCUCCCCUUCCACCAGGGACUCCCUUCUCUCUGUCGAGGCCAAGCAGGACCGGGCCUCGGACCUGGAUUGGUCCCAGCCGGUGCUGAACGGCUACGAGUCGGCGUCAGACAGCCUGUCAAAUAGCCGGUCGGAUUCCGCCUUCAGUUUCGACUGGAGCCAGCCCUCAGGCACCAUGCAGGAGGAGCCGCUGGAGUUGAAGUGGGACACCGAGUCGGAGGACGACGAGUCAGGUCUGGCCAUGAAGAACGUCAAGGCGGAGAGUGUCCACGCCGUCUCCAAAGACAACACGGAAUCCUCGUCCGUGACGGAGUCCGAGGGGGACCUGGUCACCACAUCUGAGGACAUCCUGACGGCCCAGCUCAAGUUCACAGCCUGCCUCAGGAUUUUGACUACAGAGCUGCGCACGCUGGCCACGGGCUACGAGCUGGACGGGGGCCGGCUGAGGUGCCAGCUGUGUCACUGGCUGGAGAGGGAGGUGGCUGCACUGCAGCACAGCUGCAGCUACAACCCUGACCUGGAGGAGGUGACGGGGGGCAUCGCCGGGGGUCCGGCCCAGGACGAGCCGUCGCAGAACCCGGAGGGUCAGCUCGGGACGUCACUGUGCUCUGUCGAGCUGCAGCGGCGGCGACGCCAGUGGCUGCGUCAGAACGAGCCGCUGCUGCGCAUGUUCCUGAGCUACAGCAGCCUGCACGGCUCGCAUGGCGGGGGCCUGGCGUCCGUCCGCAUGGAGCUCAUCCUGCUGCUGCAGGAGUCGCAACAGGACGAAUCUGUGGCCUCUGCGGCCCUCGUUCUUGCUCAGCCUAAAUCUUCCAUCCCUCUUCUGCUGGCCUGCAUGGCCAGUGCCAAGACGGUGGUGGCCAAUCCCAUUAUGCACCUGUCCAAUCUCACCCAUGACAUCCUGAACACUAUCAACUCUCUGGACGCCCCCCCGCAUCCUAGCGUCGUCGACGGCAAGAUCUACGUGAUGCACACGCUGGCAGCCUCUCUGUCCGCGUGUGUAUAUCAGUGUCUGUGUGACUGCCGCAGUCUCAGACAUGCCAACCAAUUCACAGGCAUCGUCUACCAGAGCUUCCUGCUGUCCCAACAACAGCCAAUGCGGACCAUGAGCACAGAGGAAGCUGUCCUUCCCAACACCUCUCCGGCACAGUGGCCAGGCAUGGCAGCUCUUAUCCGCCUUCUGAGCUCGACGGGUGAGGAGACACAGUCGGGUCUGACGGUGCUGCUUUGCGAGGUUCUGACCGCGGUCUACCUCAGCCUCUUCGUGCACGGCCUGGCCACUCACUCCAGCAACGAGCUCUUCCGCAUCGUGGCCCACCCGCUGAACGCCAAGCUGUGGGCAGCCGUCUUUGGUGGGGGUUCGCGCAUCCCGUUCGUGGAGCGGCCCAGUCCGUCCAGGAUGUCCUCAGUAUCGUCAAUAGCCGAUGAUCUGGACCGGAAGCCCAGGCGCUUUCGGCUGCGGUCGUCUCAAAGUGCCUCUAUGGAGAGUGCCCAAGGACCUCCUAGUCCUGUUGUGGAGCAGGAGGCCUCCAUCUUCAAGGAGAACUUUGUUCCCCCUGAGCUGAGCAUCUGGGACUACUUCAUUGCCAAGCCGUUCCUCGCACCAUCGGAGAGCAGAGUGGAGUACGAUUCCGAGGAGAGCCAGGGCAGCGAAGACGAGAAUGAGGACGAGGACCAGCAUUUCUUUGACUCAAACACAGCUCUUCAAGAACAUUCCAAUGCAAACUCGUACAGUUGGUGUCUCAUGCGUUUGGCCAUGGUCCAGUUGGUGUUGGUCAACUUGAAGUCCUUCUAUCCCUUAGCAGGUCAUGAACUCCAAGAUCUGCCAGUAGGCUCCCCCUUGUGCCACAAUGUAUUGAAGACUCUUCAACGCUGGGAGCAGCUACUGCAGAAGAGGUUGGAGGUUUUUGGUGGUCCUCCUCCCCAGUACAUCUCAACCCAGCCUCCGGAUGACACCCUCUCAGGCGGACCAGCCAUUCUCCGCCAUAAAGCCCUGCUGGAGCCUUCAAACACCCCCUUCAGGUCAAGUCGUCAUUCUGCUCUGCCUGUACGGAGGCUUUGGCAGUACCUGGUCAAGCAGGAAGCCGUGCAGGAGACCUUCAUCCGGAACAUCUUCACCAAGAAGAGGGAGCAGAACGAGUCUGUUGAGGACCGCACUGACAGUAACACACACUCCGUGGCGGAAGACCGUUCUCACAACCAGAUUGAGUCCGAUUCGGGAUACCCAGGUGGGAGGGCUCGGAUCAUUCACAAAGAGUCUGAUAUCAUCACGGCCUUUGCCAUCAACAAGGCUAACCGUAACUGCUUGGCGAUUGCUUCAAGCCAUGACAUCCAGGAGUUGGAUGUGUCCUCCAUCUUGGCCACUCAGAUACUGACCUGGGUGGAUGACGAGGCUGAGAACAAAGGGGGUGAGGACUUCCUGGUGAUCCACGCCCGGGAGGAUUUUACUGUCCAUGGCACGACGCCCUACACCAACAGCAGCCCUGGCACCCCUAUUAACAUGCCCUGGCUGGGAAGCAUGCAGACAGGUCGUGGCGCCUCUGUGAUGAUCAAAAGGAACAUCAACAAUGUCAGAAGGAUGACCUCCCACCCCAACUUACCUUACUACCUCACGGGCGCCCAGGACGGCAGCGUACGCAUGUUUGAGUGGGGACACUCCCAGCAGAUCAUCUGCUACAGGAGCCCCGGCAACUCCAGGGUCACCCGGGUCCGCUUUAAUCACCAAGGCAACAAGUUCGGCAUAGUGGAUGCAGAUGGGGCCCUGAGCCUGUGGCAGACCAACAUGACGGCAAACGCACCCAAACCGUAUCUGACCCUGCAGUGCCACAACAAGACGGCGAACGACUUCAUGUUUGUGGGGUCGUCGUCCCUCAUCGCCACCGCGGGGCUGUCCACAGACAACAGAAACGUGUGCUUAUGGGAUACUCUGGUUGCCCCGAUUAACAGCCUGGUCCACGCCUUCAGCUGCCACGACACGGGGGCCACUGUGCUUUCUCUGGCCCCCCGGCAGCAGCUGCUGAUCUCGGGGGGGCGUAAGGGCUGGAUUAGCGUGCUGGACCUGAAUCUCCGUACCCAGCGGCAGACCUUCCAGGCCCACGACUCGGCCGUAAAGGCGUUGGCUGUCGACCCGACCGAGACCUGCUUCAUCAGCGGCUCCUCGGAGGGCAACAUCAAGGUGUGGGGCCUAGCUGACCAGGGUCUGCUCCACGUCUUCCCCAAUGAGCAUGCGCGGCAGUCACUUUUCCGCAAUCUGGGCACUGGGGUCAUGCAGCUGGAGGUGGGCACCGCCAACCACAUCUUCUCCUGCGGCGCCGAUGGCACCAUGAAGAUGCGCAUGCUGCCCGACCGAUUCGGCGUCAGCAACGGCAAUCUGUGGGGUGAUGUGCGCUUUGUCCUCUAGCCCUCAAGGGGCACCUGAUUUGAUCAGUGAUAUACUCGGCCUUGCUCCACGUGUGGACUCUGUGGAACCUUCUCUCCCAUAUUCAAAACAUUGAGUACUUCUUACUUGAAUACUUGUGGAAGCACAUCUUCACCUCACUCUUAUAGAGACCAUAGCCUCAGUCCCAGUGAUCACUGAUACUCAUGCAAAUGUGUGCUUUUCCUGAAGGCGGGUGUAACUAUGUACCAGAUGGGCUUUUUAGCCUCAGCGACUGCAUUUAAAAGGUUCAUUGUGACCCCCGGGAGACGAGACUCCCUGCUUUUUUCCAUGGUGUGAAGAUAAAGCGUUUGUGCCUACUGUAAAUAAGUAAACAGGCUGUUAGUACUGACGAAACACCUCAUUGGCUGUUCAUGUAGAGGCACCGUAUACAUUCUAAAAGUGUGUGGAAUAGCAGUGAUAUUUAUGAGCCGUGUUAUCCCUUGUAGGAGUCGGUCUAGUCAGCAUGCUUUAGGUCCACCUGCCCGCCCCAUUAUGAAGUUCCAUGGGAAAAUCCAGACACGCUUAGGAUGUGAGCUUCUGGGUUUAAUUUCACGAACAUUAACCAUGUAUAGAUUGGCUGGCUGGCUGUUUGCUUUGCCGAGGGAUCCGACGGACCGCCUUGCUUACUACGGUGCCAUUUCCCAAGACGGGGAAGGAAAGAGUCACGGCAAGAACCGGAAUCAAACCAAACGAUUGUUUAAUAUCCAGUGCUUUUAGCCCUCGAGCUGUGAAGGAGAGGGGAGUCAUUUUUAUAAUUAAUAUGGAAACAUUGUAAAUGAAAAUGUAUUCAGGAAAGAAAUAUUAUAAUAAAUCGCUUUGACGUAACAAA